UAGUACCUUCGUUAGCACCGCGGCAAACGCUCGUAUCGCUCACGUUACGACGAAAAAAAACAUCGAUCGAACAAUUCAAACCAAAUAAAACACCGUUCACUCUCGAUUCAUAUCAAUCGCUCUGGUAAAACAAAAUUAUGUGAUACAUUUAUUAUAAAUGUGCAGUAUAUUUCAAUACUAUGUUAAUGUGCUACACGUAUGUCAUUGAAGAAAACAUAGCCAGUUGCAAUCGGCGAAAAUGUGACUGUUAGGUCGGUUCAUACGUGCUAUCGACCAGUGAAAAAUGGCCCUUAAUGACAAAUAGUUGCCAAAGUUAAAUAAAAUGCGGGAGAUUAUAAGAAUCGUUUUGUUGUGUGUGUGCGCUGUAUUAUUGCUAGUUCAUGAAGCUAGGUGUGAGGAUGAUGCUAACACGGAGAAUGCAGAAUCUGAUGCUGUUGGUGCCAAAGUGGAGGAUGGCGAUAGGAAGGAUGGAAAAGGAUUACUACCAGGAGGAGCAAGACGUGCCACGACCCAAAGUAGUGCAAACACCACAAGGGACUCACAACUGCUUUCUCUGCUUGCGGCGAGGAGAAGACAAUUGCUCGCAGGAAGGCUGACAACACAUAUCAAUACUAUCGCUUCCUUGGCUCAUAAACCGCACAAAGGGAACACGACAUUCGCCCAAUUGGAAAUAAGAGAUUCAAACAGUUCUAUUGUAAAGAGAAUAACUUUCGAAAAUUCAAGCAAUGAAGCCAUUGCUCCAUCGCUUAAACUUGUAUCCCGAGAAGGUAAUAAAGAAAUACGUCAGGAUAUAAAACCCCAUGAAAUAAGACAUCUAUUUAUACCUAGAAUAUAUCAAGACAAGAAUAGAGCUGGGUUUUUAAAUAACAGAAGAAAAGAUUUUGGUAAUAGAUCAAUAGUGCCAAAAGAAACCACUACAGAGAAUGCUGUAGUUUAUCUCCCUCCUGAAAAGUUAGAGGGUCUUGACAAAGAAGUCGAUUUAGAUCCAGAAGAAGAAUUUCAAGUAGACGAGUCCAAUCACGGAUUAUAUUUACUGAAUUAUUCAGACACAGAUAACGUAACACAAGGAGAAGUAAUCUUAAACAAAACAACUUCAAGUAACGAAAUUAAGGACAAUAGUUCAUUCUACAUUCAAACGACGACACUUCUUGCAACGGAUAGUAUUGAAAAGACCACAAUUGUACCUCAAUUUAUACAGAAAGAAGAAAAGCCAGAAAUAAAUAGUAUAGCAAAUAGCACCGAUCUUCGAAAUACUAAUUUAGUCAAAAUAGACAAUGAUACUGAUAAAACAAAUCAAACUUUAUUUAUGUCCAGAGAAUUGUAUAACCAUUUUCGACCUCUUGAAACCGAGUUAAAUGAUGAAGAAAUGGCUCCUUUCAUAUUUUUUGGACAAAAAUUGGGAAGUCAAGGUAUAUCCGAUAAUUUAACUAAUUACCCAUCUCUCUCCGCAUCGACAAAAUCAGUUAAUUUUAUAGCGGCACCUUCGAACUCAGAAAAACGAAAAUUCAACUCACGUUAUUCAGCCACCGAAAAAUAUAGUAAUACAAGUGCCGGAGAGGAAGAAAUAAAUGAAGAAAUGGAUGUAUCCGUUGUGAAAAAUACUAUUGAAAAAAAUAAAAUUAGAAAUACGGUUAAGGGACCGGCGCCGGCUCGUCAGAUAGGGUUAGUUAAUGCUUAUAGAAAAUAUCCUAACACAACACAACCGACACCAAAACCACAGGUUGCAAUAAAAUCAAACGACACUGAAGCAAAUUUGCAGAACGUGAAAUCAAAUACUGUGGAUAAAAAUAUUACCAUUGCUACACCGUUUUAUGAAUUAACGAGUAAUAUAAAUGAAACUGUCGCUAAAGAUAUUGCUGUUGUUAAUAAAACUUAUUCAGCGCCUCCACCAAGAAAUUUCACAAGAAGCUACUUUAAUCCUCGUCGCCGCCCCCCACGACCAACUUUAACAAGUACCGAACAUGUAAUACAAGAAGAAGUAAAUAAUGCUACAACGGAAAAAGCAUCUACUUCUGUUUAUACAGCUGUUGUAACAUCUGUGUCUAUAACAUCUUCUGUGAAAGGUCUGAAUAAAACAGAUGUUUCGUUAAACGAAUCUAGUAAUGUAACUGCAGAUGGAUCCCCAGAAGGAUUAAAAAAUGAGACAACAAUGUCAACGGCCAAUCCAAUAAACGAAACGGAAACGACUACUCUGCCACCAAUCACUGUUCGACCAUAUAGACAUAGAUACCGAAUAAGAACUACAACAACUGAAGGUGUUUUAAAGUCAAAACCCACCACUUUAACAUUAACCCAAAAACCCACAUCUCCAACGAGCAACAAAGACAUUGAGACCACGUCUAAAAUAUCUGAAACACUAGCUAACUUGUUCCGAAGAAAUCAGUACGAGAAUUCGACUAAUGGUAUUACUAUACCUAGAAAUAUAGCAAAAAGACGACGACCAACGACAACGACUACUACUACGACUACUCCAAUUCCUGCGCAGACUUUAAACGAUAAACUUAUUGACGUUACUGAAACUACAGCGUUACCAACCACUUUUACGACUACUCGACCAAUUGAAGUCACAGAAAACACGCUAAAAUCAAUAAUUAUUAUUUCCGAAACUUCAUCUACGUCUAAUUCUAGGCCUCUUACAUUUACUGGUAAUAAAUCAAACAAAACCGUAGCAAAUAAUACAAUGAGACUGAAUAAUAGCCUGGAUGAGUCACAAAAUGAAGAGGUUGUUAUAGAAGCUGAAAAGACAUAUACUGCUUCAUAUGUACUAGCUGGACUUGGUUUUCUGCCAGUAAUUGCUGUGGUGGCAUUUGUUUUAAGAAAUCUCCUUAAUAAGAAAGCAAAGGAAAUCGAUACCGAAUACGAAGGCUAUUUUGAUGAAGGCGGCGAUGUUAAAAAGGAAUCCCCUAUAACUCCUGUCGCUAGACCACCGAUGCCAACUCCCACCAAACCUGACCAAAAGUGGGAAUUUCCGCGAAAUAAACUAAGAUUGCAAACUUUACUGGGACAAGGAAACUUCGGCCAGGUUUGGAAAGCUGAAGCGGAUGAUUUGAAUGGUCACGACGGUUUAACUCGCCUGGUUGCUGUAAAGACAAUCAAAGAAUCAGCCUCACAGAAAGAAAAGCAAGAGCUGUUGCAUGAGAUUUACAUCAUGCAGAAAAUCGGCACUCAUCCAAAUGUAGUCACGCUUCUAGCUUGUUGUACCGAACAAGAACCUUAUUUAUUGAUAAUGGAGUAUGUCAUGUGCGGUAAACUUCUGACGUACCUUCGCGAGCGGCGGUCCCGACCCGAUCGCUUCAGUGGUAGUGGCGCACUUACUUCAAGAGACCUGACAGUAUUCGCCUAUUGUGUCGCGAGGGGUAUGGACUUUAUUGCUUCUAAAGGGAUCGUGCAUCGUGAUCUGGCAGCCCGAAAUGUCCUCGUCGAUCAUAACAAGCUGUGCAAAAUUGCUGACUUCGGCAUGUCUCGCACCGCGGGUGCUAGUGGUAGGGCUCGUGGUGCGCUACCAGUUAGAUGGAUGGCUCCAGAGGCUCUUAUGUAUAAUGUUCAUACCCAUCAGGCGGAUGUAUGGUCCUUUGGUAUACUAUUGUGGGAGAUUGUCACACUCGGUUCGACACCAUACGCAGCGAUGUCGGGUCGUGAGGUUGCCGCGGCGGUGUCGGAGGGCUACCGGCUGGAGCGCCCCCCACACUGCGCUCCGCCCCUGUACCACGCGAUGCACGCUUGCUGGCACGCAGACCCUUCACAGCGACCUUCUUUCGGCUCCCUCAAGGCCACCCUCGCGGAAUUACUACAAAACGAGCCGGUUGAAGGCAACUACGUUGACCUCGACUCCUUUUACCAAGAAUCGUCGGUUUACAGCGACCCGUCCGCUAUCAUUCACGACGAUGAAGGGCUGUCCGCUGAGUAUGAUAGGGAGAGGCGGUGCUUUAGAGAGCUACAACCGGGUCCAGCUAAGUUUGAAAAUAGAGCGUUUAAUCUGCGCAAUGAGGAACUUCGUAAUAAAUUCGGUAUAGGAACACCACGGAUGGGUGGCUUUGGUAUACGAGAUAUGCCCUUCACGGAGAGAAACUUCUCCGACGGAGAGUUCAACGACAGAAACUUCCAAGACAAAAACUUCCAAGACAGAAGUUUCCCCGACAAGAACUACAACGACGCAAACUUUUCCGAACGGAAAGAAAAACUAUCAACAUCCAGUUUCCAUAGAGAGAGGGAAAGAGAAAACCCCCUCGUUAGUAGGAACAGCUUCAAUGGUUUCCCAAGGAUAGGGACCAGAGACAAUCACUUUCAAUUGGCGCCUGACGGAAGAAAUAAGAGAGUGUCGGAAUUUGAAUGUGAUAUAUAGGUGCUUGAAAUCUACUUAAUGUACUUAGUUUAAUCCAACCUAUUUAAACUAAUAAAACUCAGAGCUGCUUGUGAUUAUUGGUUUCCCAAAUUUUUUUUAUAUAAAAUAUUUGAGUAAACUAACAACAUUCUUAAUUCAUUUAUGACGUGUAAGCAAAAGUUCAUGACAAGUACGCUUUAAAAUUCAAUGUCUACUGCCGGAUAGGUUCGGAAUUUUGUAAAUAUUAUUAAUUUAUAGCAGUAUUGCAGUGAAUGACUUAUUUUAACAUUUAACUAAUAAUAAAUAUUAUAUUUUAUUGUACAUAUUAAUAAUAACGUACUGCUAGGGUAAGAUUUGUGAGUUAUGUUAGAGCACAAAAAUUUGACAUAUAAAUGUGUUUGAUACGCAUUCUAGAAGAACGUAAAACCUAAGUGUAUGUAAUAAUUUUGUUAAUAUUUUCUAUGGUACGUAUAUAUAAAGAAUUACCGUACUGUAAUCAAAGAUAUAUCCAUACGUAAAACGGUGCUGCAGAUUGUAUAGUGUUUUAAAUUUUGUUUAUGUAAAUAUUUAACAGAUUUUAUUUACGUUGCAGAUAUCUUCAUUUUCAAAUCUCAGUUCAAUAUCUGUCUAGUCUUAAACUGUAUGUCUAUUGGGUUGUUAUAUGAUCUGAUUAUUGGAUAAGUUUGAAAGAUUUAUUUUAAUAUGAAUAAAGUUAUGUAUUGAAACUUA